AAGGGAACGGAGCCGCUACCCUGCUUGCAACGAAUCCAUUUUUCUUCUUGUCUUAGCCCUCCGGUACUCGCAUCUAUUUUUGAAAUACGAGCACGGUCGCAUACGUCGCGCCUUGUGUUACCUUUUAGCGCCUUAUAUACUGGGCGUAUUGUAACAUCUGUGACCCACUUCAGCUGCGAAUUAAGGGCGUAAAAACAAUAGAAAAAAAAUUCAUAUAAACGCGUGUCCCGUUCAACUUCUGUUAUAGCCGUUCUUGGGCUUUGGUAGCUUUAAUUGCAAACUGAGCUAAUGCAACCUUCUGUCGAACUCUUCUUAUAGAAUACCCUGUAACUCAAAAUUUAACAGUCAGAGACACCAUUUAUUUACUUGUUCAUUUUGCAUAUAUUUUGAAUAUAUUUUGCAUGAGUAAGCAGUUAAAUCCACGUGAUUCAAUGGUUUCGUUCGUACACGCAGAGAAAAUAACGAAGAGGACGUUUAUUUGCGCAGCGAGCGAACGAGUACAUCUAUCAAUUGCGAGCGUCGAGUCGCUAAAUAUUUAGUUUCGCAUUAUGCACCCUCCUAACGAAAAACGUGGGAUCCUUCCACUUAGACGGACGUUCAUCCGCAAGCCGGCAAACAUGUACAGUCGUUGUGGGUAGCAGAAGGCAGCAGACGUUUAUUUGCCCACCACUCUUCUAUCGAUCGCGUGCAGUUUGCCGAAGCCUCGUUAGAUACCAUUUGCCGAAAGAUAUCUUUCUCGAUUAAAAACCGCUGCGAAUCGAAAUUCCUAAUCAUCCGUUAAAUGCGUCCGUUAGAUUGCUGUUCGAUCGUCGGGAUCCUUGGAUAGUUACCGACGUAAUGGGAUUGCGUAAUUUCAUUGGACGGCGUCUUGACAUCUGCUACUAGAUUGCUACUUCGUCGACGUCUCGCUUUUCCAGUAAUUGGCGACUGCGUCUUUACUAUAAAUAAAAGAGCAAAAUAAAUUUCUGAAUUAAGGAUUCUGUUUUCUAUUCAUGACAUUCUCACCUGGUUGUUUAAUAAAUCUAAAGAAUUAACGCGUUCACGUCAGGAUUCUAGAAUGUCAAUAAUAAACGAAGAGGAUCCGGUUAUACAUUUAGGAAGUAUUUUAUAAAUAGAAAUGCAUCUGUUACUUGAUGAAAUAAAAACUAUGUUACACGAAUUUCAGAUAUUCGAAGCUUUCAAGUACCUCUUUUAUGCGCGUACUUGUAAUAAAUACAUUCAACGUACAGUCGAUCAAAAAUCGUCCAUGUAGAAGACAUAAGAUGAAGAUACCUUCGUUUUGCAUAAUUUAAAGUCUAAAAAUAGAGUUCGUUCUCCUUUCCAUAAUUUUUAAAGUUAUUUUACUGAUCGCCUCUAAAGUACACAUCUCAUUCAGUUAACGAUCAAAAGUCAUCCUACGCUGGUCAUUAAUGUACAGGCGUGUUUCCUAUCUAAAAUCCGGCAAUAUUUAAAAAAUCAUUCUCUCGUGAAACCGGAAGUCCGUGAAAAAAUCACAGGAAUUCCUGUAACGUCGACACGGUCGCUGGAACUAAUUCACGAACGGUUUGCCGCAGGAGGAAAAUGUGGAGCUCGGUAACCGCGGCUGGCACUGAAAAUGGGCCCGCGCCACCUUCCAGGAGCAAGCACAGCGCCACUUUGCUCGCCGGUCACGUAUAUCUCCUCGGAGGACGAAACGGCAAUCUUCCCCUCAAAGAUCUCUGGCGAUACAGCCUGGCCGAGAGCAAAUGGGAGGAAUUGCAUCCUGGGGGAGAGAGACCGCCAGCACUUCAGGAGCACAGCGCGGUGGCUUACAAGGAUUGCCUUUACGUUUUCGGGGGAGAACUCGGAUUUUCCGCAGGCACGGAAACGCCACUCUGGGUUUACAAUGUCAAGACUAACAUGUGGAGAAAGGUGAGAGCGCAACGGGGCUGUGCAGUUCCUAGAGGACGAAGAGGCCAUACGGCAUUGGUUCAUCGAGGUCAAAUGCUCAUCUACGGUGGCUAUCAAGAUUUGCGUGGAAGCUCCCCAGAGCUGUGGGCGUUUCACUUUGAAACGGAAUCCUGGCACCUUCUUUCGUCCAGUGAAUGCGGCCCGGCAGCGAGGCAUAAACAUUCAGCGGUUCUUCAUGGCGAUGCGAUGUACGUUUACGGGGGUAUGACCGACCUCCAAGAGAGGAGCGACUGUUGGCGAUGGGACGUGAAUGCAGCCUCCUGGUGUCUAUUGAAAAAUAAGCCCGGUCCAGGGCCCCUUCACGGUCACGCCGCCUGUAGACUUCCCAGUUGUAUGCUAAUUUUCGGUGGAGAAAGCGGCGGUCUAGCCACGAACGAGCUCUGGAGGUUUCAUUUCGGUACGGAAACGUGGGAGAAAUUGUCAGUGGCAGGUCCUAAACCUCAACCAAGAGCCGAAAGCGUUGCCCUAGCGGUUUCUGAAUUAAUCAUUCGAGGGACCAACCUCGACAACGCGAAGUACAAGCCGAGAAAUCAAAGGACGAGGCUGUGCAACAGCAGGAUAUCACCGAACGAGGCACCGGCUAGACCGAGCUUCCUGAAAGAAAUUUCGAAAUUGUCGCAAAUCAAUCUGUCGCGGCUGAGCCAUCCGGCGAAAUGCAGUUAUUCCGUUCUAAGCGGUCAAGACGACAACGAGGAAAGUCCUCAAGAGGCGAACUCGUAUUAUCCAUUUCAGCAAGUAGACGCGGAGGUCGUCGAACCGUCAACGGGGAUGGUGAAGUCACGGAGCGCCAACACGCUGGCUCGCCGAAGACAAAAGCCACCUGAAACAACACCGAAACCUGUCGAUUCCAACAACAGCAACAGUACCACCAGCUCCGGGAUGACCAGGGACCCCAUUUCGGUCCCAAACUUCCGUGCCCUCACCUUACCUACACCUGUCCUGACACCUGUGGAAGCGGCCAGGCUAGUUUUCGUCGACCCUGACGACAACAGCGACAACGAGGAACGCAAGGAACCCCCUACCUCCAGAUUGAUAGAAGUCCAAGAGGAAAGACGGGACUUCGCGGCCAUUCAUCAAGCCUGCCAGCCGACCCGGGGCGAGAGUUACACUUCCCAUCUAUACGAAGCAGCGCUUCAGACGCCAAAGACGCCGACCACCGCGAAGAUCCCGACGUCAGCCUCGGUCAGGUUCGCCGAUCUGGAGGAAGGCGAGGAGUCGACGUCGGAUUACGCGAGUAUAGAGGCCAGGAGUCCUGGGGAUCCCCUCGCCGACGACGAUUGGCCGUCAGGGCGAAAGUCCAAGCAAUACCGUCCCAUAGUGACUCCGUCGACGAUACGCGAGGGUCAGUUCGGCUUUUGCAAUCCGAAUUACCUUGGCUUGGACGAGACGAGAGGUCACCAUCACCAGCAGCCACAGCCCCAAGACGGCAAGUACGCGAAGAUGUUGAACAGCCCACCGGAUAGCGUGUUGGAGGACGAGCCAGGAAGAUCCGCCUCGCAGACGUUCGCGGAGCUGUUGGAGCUUCAAGAAAUCAAGAGGGUGCCUAGAGCUCCGCCGAAAAGUUUGCCAUUAGGUUCUCCAUCCAGAAGAGCCGUGAGCGCUUCAAGGGCGGAGAGACAAAGGGCGAAGGUGGCCGCGGCGGAUAUCCACGAUUCGGAAACUCCGUCUUACGGGCCAGCGCCGCUGUACGUCUUUUUAGUUGGUGGAAAGGAGAAGGGCCAGGUCACGGUGUUCGCCAGGCCUGUUUCUUUAUGGAAAUUGCAAUUAGCUCCACACAUCUUUUAAACAGGUUAAGCGUACCUAGCGAUCGGAUUUCUUACUACCUAUGUUUCUCGGGCCCUUGGGCAAGAAAUGGUUUUUUGGUCCUUGGUUCUCUUCUAACGAAAUUUAAUUAGAUAUAUUGCCUAGAAGAAUAUAUUGGAUCGUUUUAAUAACGUCAAUGUGUAAUUCAUUUGGAGGACUACUUUAUCAUUUUGCAGGUACCGAAACUGCGAAAAUUGAUAUUAAAAUACGGUUCUGUUUAGUAAUUAUAAUUUGAGAAACGGAAAUUGUUGAUGAAUGUAGUUUUGUAGACGUUACGUUUAGUUAGUACAGAGCUCUCCUUGUCUGUUAAUUUAUUACUCCGUUUAGCGUCGAAGAUCGAACGCGUGGUUGGUUAUCAGUGGACUUAUUUUCAAGUACUGUCAUGUUUGUCUUUCACUUGAUUUUUGAUCGUAAAUAUGUUCGACUUUGAUUAAAAGUCUUUCAUUGUAGUUAAAUGUACCGUCGAUACAUUUUAUAGCGCGUCGCAUAUUGUGAUCGCCGCAACCAAGUACUCGAGCUUAAAACGUUAAAUUUAGUCCAUUAGAUCUGAAAGGGAUAACGCCAAAUGAGUUGAACACGUCGCCAGUUAUCAUUUAUGCGUUAACAUUCUAUUUAAACAAUUCUGAAGAAGUUAUGUACGGUUGGGCAUUAUAAAAGAUGGCUCGACUUUGUGAAUUUUUGUUUAAAGAAAACGAAAGGGAUUAUUAUUAAUUAUCAAACGACAUAUAUAGAAAACAAGAAUCGGAUAAUUUUCUAAAGUAUAUCAUCGUCUUUAAAUAAAAAGGCAACUUUUGAAAUCAGGAAGAACUUUAUAAUAUACUUUACAAAGAUUCAUACAAUCAUGCCUUUUUUAGUGUCUAAUCGUAUAUAGCUCCUUAAGCAAUUCUCUUUCCAACGUAGAAGGAAGCGUAGAAUUUAAUGUGAUUAAAAAAAAAAAUAUAGUGCUAAAACUUUCCGUUACCAUUUUUUGUUCAGUGACAUCUCUAUACGAUAUCGUUGAUCAAUCAUCGUCCUUGAGAUAAAAUAUACCGAAUGCAUACUUGUCUGUAUAACAGCGAACGUUUGAAUUCGAGAUUCAGUUCCCUUGCUCUAUCGUCUACUUUGCUACUCAAAUUUUCGUGAUUGUAAUCGUACAAGGAACCGUUCACGUUUAGCAUAGGCUCGUAAACAAAUACGUACGAAUCGAGAGUUCAUAUUGAACCGAUUACUUUAAGAAGAUUGUUCGUCGCGUUAAUUAACAAAGUAAGACGUGACGCAGUGAAUGUUCAUAACGAAGCGCAAGUCAAGCGAGUGGAGCGAAUAGUCCUUUGCUUCUAAAGGCGUCCUAUCAGUUGUAAGUGGUAUUAUAGGUAGUAGUAAGUCUUUACGGAAAGCUAUAAGAGUCACGAUGAGUCGAGGUGGAUAAAUUGUAUUCUAGAUUUGUCGCAAACGUCACGAUUUUUUAUAUUCAUAUAGACUAUUCGAAUUAUUUUGGAAAUUUAAAAACAACGUGAGUUGUCUAGAUAUAAAAUUCCAACUCGAGAAUUAAAGAUAUACAAUUAUUGAUCAAAGUUACGGUAUCGAAUCGUAGAAUCAAAUCAAAUUCAAAAUCAAAUUAUAUUUUACAUUGAACAUUAUGAAGUAAAUGGCCCAAUUACUGACACAUUUUUAGACAAUCGUCAUUUUGAAUAAUACUAUAAUAGAAAAUUCUGAGCACUAUUUUUAGUCUAUGUUAUAAUAUAAGAAAAUAUAAAAUGUCAUGAGAUCCAUGAGAUACUCUUACUUUCUUCCUAAAAAUAAUAAUGCUUUAUUAUUUAUAAAAUAAAUUGAAAGUGUCGAAAUUGAGUGCACUCGCUUAAAAAUGUUUGAAUUUAUCUAUUAAUCGAGUCUAAUCCUGUCCAUCUUCGGCUCACACCGAUAGUAGCUAAAAACGUUAAAAGACUCGCCUGAUCUGCGCUUAACUGCCAUUAACUGUGAACUCGGUAUGCGUAGCGUAUAAACUAGAAGUAUACUAUCCGUAAGCUUGAGAUAACGUUCAAAAUGUCCUGAAUAUAUAUCGAUGGGGAAUCGGUGUGUGGUUGUGCCGAAUGUGUAUAAUUAAAUUACGAUACAAUUAUUCUGCGGAAAUUAGAUUUUUAUAAAAAAAAACGAUAACCCUUAACGGAAUAAUCGCGAUCGAUCUAGAGUAGAAUCUAAAAGGAAAUAUAUCUAUGCCCCGAUUUACACGCUACUUUCUUUACACGAUCUCAUUUUCACACAACUUUCAAAAUUAUAUUUCAUUUUUCGUUUACGUUGAAACAAAUGAAUUCCAUUAAUAAACAGAUUAAAAUUACGUACAUUACUUUUUCGUUAUUUGCACAGCUUUUCAACAAAAACUCAUGGUUAUUUACACGAUAUUCCAUGGAACCAAUCUACCGUGCAAAUCGGGGAACAGGUGUGCCCAAACGGAGACUGUGCCGAUAUUCGUUUUAAUUCAAUCGCAAGAGAAAAGAUUUCUAAAUUCGCGGAGCGUACAAUCGUCGCCGUCGUGUUCCAGAAAUAUUGUAGCGAACAUUGGUCAAAGUUUUACGUGGAUUACGUGAUUUGUAACGAUAGUCGAAAGUCUCCACCGUGACUGUAUUUACGAGUAUAGCGUAUUAGUUCCGAUAGGUGUAUCGUAAGAGGAAAAAAAAAAUGGUAAAGUACGAC